AAGGACCCAGCAUUCUCUGUGCUGCUCAGACUGCAGUUUAUUUACCAGGAUAUUUAUCCACACAGUUAAUCAGGAGAUCAUUGCUAACUGUGAUAAAUCAACAUGAGGACUCUCUGUUCAAUAACAGCUGUCCUGCUGAUAGCAGCUUGUCUGUUUGAGCCCUCAGCUCAACAAAAACCUGGGAACUGUCCAAGAGGCCCUCUGUUGCCCGUCGAUAUCCCGCCAAUGCAUUUACAAUGUGACACUGAUGAUGAAUGCCCUGAAGAUUUAAAAUGCUGCCUGCUUCGCUGCGUCCCUCCUAUUCCACCAUUUCACAAAUGUCCAAUCCGAAGAAAAGGGCCAUGUAUUGAGCAAUGUUAUGAGGGCAAACCAUGCAGAUAUGAUAAAACUUGCUGCUUCAAUGGCUGUGGACAUCAGUGCAUGACACCCAUACCAAUUCCGCCAUGAUUUUGAGGUAGAGGACAGUUCUUCCCUCACUGUCAUGAAUGCUGAUGGUGAUUGCAGAUGUGACAAGAAAUGUUGUCUGAAUAGACGUGACUAAACCUGCCAGAAACAUUUUUUGUUUAUUUCUUUAAUACAUACAUAUUGAUUAAAAUAUCAAUACAUUGCUUA